AUGAAGGUCGCUGCAUUCGUCUAUCUCGUUUCCAUCUUUGGAAUUUCUACUUGUCAUGGUUGGGAUGUUCCAUGGAACAAGAAGAAUGAUAAGAACAAGCCACCAACAAGCAACCUCGCAGGUUCUCAGGCUAUUAGCGGAUCUACAGCAUCAGUAAAUGGUACCUCUAGUAGGGUACCUGGCCAACCUGUUCCUCCAGCUGAAAAGGCUCCAGUAAAGAAAACUUCAGAAGAUGACAACUUACCGUUGCCUCACGAGUUUAUUUCUGGUGAGACUGGGCGAUCUAAAGAACUUAGAAAAUGGCAAAAGAAACAGAUGGGAAAGACAAACCCGUUAUUAGAUCCAGACUAUGAGCCUGUUGGAGUAUUACCUCACGAAUAUAUCUCUCAGGAGACAGGUCGAUCCAAUGAACUUAGAAAAUGGCAAGCUACGCAAAUGGGAGAGAAUCCGUUUCUAGACCCAUACUAUGAGGAAUUGCUGGAGAAAAAGAAAAAGGAAGAACAAGAACAACUACAAAAACAAGAGGAGCUUCAAAAGAAAACAGAGGAUGAAGGAGCCGAGCAAAAGGGGAAAGCUGCACAGGAAAGACCGGUUCCAGCCCCUCCAGCUGUAAAGGAGCGCUCAGAUAUGAACCAAGAAGAGAAGGAUAAGGAAGACUUUGGUAAUCUGGAGAGUAAGGACAAAGAGUUUACAGAUGGCAUAGACAAGGCAAAGAAGGGUCUUGAGGAUGUUAAGUCAACCCUGGAAACUGCUCAAAAGACACUGUCAGAUUAUGCUCAACUUUACAAGGAUACAAAGGACAAGAGGAGCAAGGAGAGAAUAGAAGCAGCCAGGAAGGCUAUCAUGGCAGCUCAAGCAGCUCUAAGGGUCGCAUCAGGUGUUUCUGGAAAUACUGACAGUGAUAUAGGCAGCGUACUAGGGUCUCUUCCAGAGCACGUGGAUUCUGAACUGCCAUCUGUAGAGAGUCAAGAAAAGGUCGUCAAGGAGGCUCUGGAAAAGACGGAGGCUUCCCUAGAGGUUCUAAAGACUCUAGAAGCCCUACCAAAGUUGAAUGAUGAAGAAAAGGGAAUGAAGGAAAAGUAUGAGCCUAAGCCUGAAGAGAGCACUGGUGCCAAGCCUACUGAGGCAUCGACGAGUGAAGAGAAUGUCUCCUCCGAUACCAGUAGCCAGAUGUCAUUUGGAAGUUCAACUCAAAGCAGUUGGGAGAAAUCAGGAAGUGGCCUAGACUCCCCCUCCAGUGGAAGUGAAGCAACUGGAGCAGAUGAAGACGAUAAAAGGCCUGUCGGAGCACCAGGAAUGGACUAG